UCCUGAAUUUUCCACGGAUAGUAUGACUACCAGCCAUCACACUUUUGUUCCCUUUCCAUGUAGUCCUCCACUCGAUCCAAACAAAAGCCAUCCUUGCAGUUUCAGAAAUGCAGACUUUGCUGUUUGCUCUCCCUCUUUUUUUUUUCUGAACUUUUCUGCACCUAUCCUCCUCUGAUCCUUCGACACAUCACCAUCGUGGAGUAGUAGUAGUAGUUUUGCAAAGCGAGCUGACGCUUUCGACGAAACCUCUCAAUAUUCCAUUCCUGCUCCCAUCCCAUCCCAUGCUAUGCUCGUCUGAAUUCUGAUCGUCUCCUCCCCAACUCCACGACGAUCCCACUCAGCUGGUCCAUUCCAUCGAUCACACCCCCCCACUGGAUGCAAGAAUGGCGGCCACUGCCAUGCCGUCGUCGAUGCCGCCUCCGCCUCCGGCGAUCGCGACGUUCGCGGCGCCGCUGCAGCCGGACUACCAGGGCUCCGUCACCGCCGCCGCCGAGGGGGCGGCGGCGCGGGGCCACGGCGGCGGGGGGUCCAUCGGCACGUUCUUCGCCGUGCUCGCGGCGGUGCUGGUGCUCACCCUGCUGUCCUGCGUCCUCGGCCGGGUGUGCGCGCGCCACGCCGACGGGCCCGACGAGCGGUACGACUGCGCCACGCUGGCUUGCCGGUGGUGCUGCUGGGGGUCGCCGCCGCCUCGCCGGGUCGCCAGGCGGCGGGAGGCCAAGCCCCCGCCGCCCGUGGUGGAGGAGGUGGCGCCCGCCGCCGAGCUGCCACCGCCGGAGCCAUGAACUGGAGAUCGCCGCCGCCUCGGCUUCCCAGGUUGUUCCAGCCUACUACACAUCCAAGCUCCAAGCUUCCAAGAGGAUCACACAUGUAUGUCAAUGUGGUAGAGUCUGUAAUCGUAAAUGUUCUUUGAAAUCCUUCUGUUCUUCAUGUUACCAUUAGAAGUUCUUAGAUUUCAGCCCCCCUUCUUUGUACACUGAUUAAUGGAUAAAUUAUACAUUCAGUUCUUGAUACAAACUUAUGGAUGUUCUAUACCAAAGUUCAUUUCUUCA